GAGAUAACAGGACUACUUCAAUUAUUAUUAAACCUUAUUUUUGUGUGAUAUUCACUGCUUGUGCAUUUGAUUUUGUCAAAACUUUGUACCAUUCAAUCAAUACUUAACGGAAAUUUCUUUGUUAACCAUGUAGUGUUAUGCCAGUGGUAUAAAACCAAAAUUAUAUAUUGAAAUUACAGUUAUAUGAUGGUUUUAUGGUUAGAAAUUCUGGUCCUUUCGUUUUUUAUUUCACUUCCAUUUUUAUAUGACUUAAGUAGAACAUUUCGGUACUACUUUCGUUUGUCUAUAUUUUUUACGUUGGCAACGUUAACCUCAUUAUUAGCUGUCUUCCAUUAUAAUUUUCGAGACAGAUUAAUUACUUACUUUGGUCAACAGAUAUCUGAUUUGCUAUCUAUCGAAUGGCAUUUGUAUGGGGAACAAAACCUUUCAAUUAAUUGUAGAAAAAUUAUUUUAAUCAAUGGCCAAAAUCCAAUUGAUGCACUAGGUUUAUUACAGUUGAUACGUCAUCAAGGUAGUGAAUUGGAUAUCAUAAUUGAAAAUAAUUAUAACAAUUUAUGGCCAUUUUCCUUUUUACCGUGGCUUUUAUCAAUUUUACUUAAUCCUGUUAAUUUUAUAAAUGAAAACUUAAGUCUUCCACAUUUUUCAUCUACUAACACUAAGGUUAACAUUAUUUUGACUUCUGCAUCAUCUUAUGAAGGUACAGUAAAAUUUGCUUUACAAAAUAGUUUACCAAUUCAACCCAUUGUAUUUUCUAAAUAUUACUUCCUUAAUAAGGAUAAAAAAUUGUUUGAAGCUGGUCGUGUAAUUAUAUCAGUUAUGCCACUUUUUAAUACAAAAAGUUUGUCACCAAAAAAUAUUUUAAAACAUAGCUUAGAACUUUCCUCAAAAAUGAGUGCCGAGUUUGACUGCAUUAGCAAGAUCACUGAAAUAAGUGAUUAUCAAACUCCGUUAUAGAAUUGUUGUAAAUACUUAAAAUUAAAACUCUCAGCAAUACAUUUUGCACGGUUUUUAUUAACACUAUUUUAUUUAAAAUUCUAUAUUUUUACUUUGUAUUAAAUAAUAUUUCAUACGAUUAUUUAAUUAAUAGAAUAUAUCACAUAAUAUGCCAAAAAGAAUGUUUUAUCAUUUUAUAUUUAUUUUUUUUUAUUUAAAUUUAACUCCUUCCUACAGUCUAUUGUAUUCAAUGGGAAAAAUUAAAAAACCUAUUUAGGGUGAUUGUUUAACUAUAACUCACUCGCAUUUUUAAAAUUUAAUUUUCAGAUAUAAUUCUAUCCUAUAUACUAUAAUUUUAAAAAAAAUUAUCCUACCCCAUCAUACUACCCCUUAAAAUUUUAUUAACUUUUGUUUUUUUAAAUAAAAACAUCUAUGUUCAACAGUGAGAAUAAUUAGUCAUUUAUUAGAAAAUGACUAGUCACUAAUGAAUUUUGAACCAGUAUUUUUAAAAAUAUUAGCACUUUUUAUACUAGAAUGUGAAAAGGUGUAUAAACUUUUGUUUUACUAAAAAUGCUUAGAAAUAAAAAUAAAUUGACAUAUGCUUUAUGUCAUCACAUGUUAGUACUGUGUGGAUAAUUUCCAAAAUACAGAUUCCAAAGUUGUCAAUGACCAGUUGUUUUCUUAGUUGGAUAAUUAUUUUAUUUAUAAACUGGUUAAAACAUUAUUUCCAUUAAAAGAGCUAAGUAGACUAUGUGAUAUUUUUUUUUGAAAAUUAUAGAAUAAAAGAUACUAAUAAUUUCAAAGAAGAAAAAAUUAUAUUAUGUUUUAUUUUUUAAAUAUUUCAUGAAUCAAUAGUUAAACAAUUACUCUGUGCAGCUUAAUGUUAGAUGGAAUCAAACCUUAGUAAUGAUCACUGAGUUACAUUGUGUUUCCAAUUGAGCAAUAUAGUCAAAAUUGUCUAGUAUUUUUAUAAAAUACAAUAUUUUACACAUAAAAUUUACAAUAUUGCUUUUGUAUUUAUAUUAUGUUUAAGAAAAUUGUUUGUAUAAUAAUUAUGGCUGUGUAUUCAAGCAAUUAAUAAGUUAAGAUUGAAAAUAAUUCUGAAACAAAAAUGUUGUUAAAAUAAUGAAAAUAUUUUUAUAGAUAUAAACUAGUCAUUCUGUAAAUUAUAAUUAUAAACUUCCAUUAUUUAUAUAAAUAUAUACAGAGUGGUUUUUUUAUCAUAACCCACUCAAUUACUU